AUGACGCAGAUUUCAGCUGGUAAAUCAACAGGAGGUGUCCUCCAAAUCCCUAUCGCCGCGACACAGAAGAACACCACCAACACUGCCACCGCCCCCGCGCCAAAGAAGGCACCCAAACCGGUUGCACCACGACUCAAGCUCCUAGUGCGGAGACUACCUCCGGGAUUAACGCAGGCAGAGUUUGAGACUGCUGUGGGGCCUGAAUGGAAAAUUGGAGCGGGAAAGAUCGACUGGAUUCAAUAUAAGCCGGGCAAGGUCUCUAAGGACCCAGCGAAGCCGUCGCGACCCUCGCGUGCCUACGUUCAUGUUGUGUCCAGCGACCAUAUUAUUCCAUUCUCGAAUAAGGUUCGUCAGGUAUCUUUCACAGACGCCCGAAACACCUUCAACGAUCCCAUUUUGUUGGGCCCUCCCUCCGUGGAAUAUGCGCCGUAUGCGAAAAUUCCCGGAAGCCGUGUACGAAAAGACGCUCGCCAAGGAACUAUUGACCAGGACCCCGAUUUCAUUGCCUUUCUCGAAAGUCUUACACAGCCUAUCACCAAACCGCCUACGGUCGAGAAUACCACUGAUGCGGAUGAGAAGAAGGAGACCGUGACCACUACACCCUUAGUGCAAUAUAUCAAAGAGAAGAAGGCGAACAAAGCGAAGGAGAGUUCCAGCAAAUCCUCAAAGCACGCCAAAGCGGAUAAGGAGACCAAGGCAGAAAAGGUUCAAGCAAAGAAACUGUUACAACGGCCGGAUAAGGAAACAGCACAGGCCCCGGAGAAGAAUGAAAAGAAAUCCAAGGCGGAUAAAGCCACCAAGGACGCGGUGAGGGCAGCUAACAAACAGGCUGCCAAUGUCGCCAAACACGCCGCAAAGGCCUCCGCGGUUCAGAACUCACCCAAGGACACCGGUCAGUCUACCCCGACCACGGAGCGCAGACGAGAACGGGGAAGCGCUGCGGCCGCAGCCAAGAUCCUCCAGCGAGAUUUAGGCCUAGCACCAUCCGGCGGUCGCCGCAAGGGGGGCAAGGGCGGUUCGGCGGAGACGGACGCAUCCAAAGCUGAAGCGACUAGUGCCGAAUCGGGCAAGAAGGAGACCCCUCCGAAAUCAUCGAGAGGAGGCGCCUCGUCACAGAACGCAAAGGCCAAGGGCAACGUACCACAGGUCAAUGAGUUGACAUCCCAGUCCGAAACGAACACACCUCCCGCUAGCACUACGCCCAUCUCGGGUAAAUCUUCGAAAUCAAAAGGGAAACAGGCACCGCCCGCAGCCUCUACGUCCACACAAGCUUUCCUCAAGCAUGCCAAUCCUUCGCAGGGGGUGACGGAGCCAUUGUUAGAAGCGGCGUUUAAGACGUUCGGCAAGGUGGUGAAGGUGGAAAUCGAUAAAAAGAAGGGCUUUGGAUAUAUUGAUUUCGCAGAACCAGACGGACUACAAAAAGCAAUCGCCGCCAGCCCGGUAUCAGUCGCCCAAAGCCAAGUUGUGGUGCUGGAACGCAAGAUUAACCCUGGUGGAGAGAAAGGUCGUGGCAAGAAUCGCAAUGAGCCUCAGGCUACCAGCGCUAAUGGCAACAAUAACAGCAGCAACAGCAAUACCAAUGGAGGUCGCGGGGGUAAAGUAACUGAGGGUGGCUCGGGAUCGUCGCGUGGACGCGGCGGGCGAUCGAAGAAAGGCGGUGGUGGUGGUGGGAAGGGAAGUGGUGGUAACGCCAAUGCGAAUGCGCCCGAGGGGACUGCCAAGGAGGCUAAAUGA